CUCAAUCCUCAGAGAAACGCUGAAGCUGAAACAGAGAGGGCAAAAACUCACACUUUAUCAAAUGGAGAAGAACACUUCUUCUUCUUCUUCUUCUUCUUCUUCUUCAGCUGCUGCUCACGUGCUCAUCAUCUGCUUUCCAGGCCAAGGUCACGUGACUCCCAUGCUAUCACUCGCCAAGCUACUUUCCUUCUCCGGCGUCUUUACCACCUUCGUCAACACCGAAUCAAUCCACCGCCGUCUCUCAAGCUCCUCCGACCUCACCGACCGCCGGAGACUACGCUUUCGUACGGUCCCCGAUCCUCUCACCGGAGGAGUCGACGAGGAGCUGGGUUUUUCAAGUAAGUUCAUUAACUUGCAAGAGUCGAUGAGGAGCUGUUCAACAGAGCCAUAUAAGAAGCUAUUAUUGACUGAGGAGCUCACCGGCGAGUGGCCACCGGUGACAUGCGUGAUCGCCGACGGCAUACUUUUCUACGCCAUCGAGGUCGCCGGUGAGGUCGGAAUUCCGACGUUGGUUUUCCGGACAAGUAGUCUUAGUAGUUCCUGGGCUUAUGCCUCUCUCCGCACCUUCAUGGACCAGGGAAUCAUUCCCUUUCCAGAGAAGUGUGAUAUGGAUGAGAUAGUAAAAGGAGUGGAGGGAAUGGAAGGGAUAUUGAGAAGGAGAGACCUACCAGGCUUCAUGAAAAUGGUCAAGUCCACUGAAGACAAUUACAUCAAGAUCAUUAAUGGUAUUAACUCCCUACUGAUUAAUGGCAAGGCUCUUAUCUUCAACUCCUUUGAUGCUCUUGAUCCCACACUACUUCCUAUUAUGAGCUCUUACUACCCUCCUAUUUUUACUAUUGGUCCUCUUCAUCUACUCACCAAAUUCUUUAACAUAUCCAAUGAAAAAGAACAAGAACAAGAAAAAGAACCGGGUAAAAAUUCUUGUUCAAGUAGCUUGAGGCAAGAGGACCAUGCAUGUAUGACAUGGCUUGAUAAUCAACCUGAUAAAUCUGUUGUCUAUGUUACCUUUGGCACCGUCGCGGUGAUGUCACUGGAGCAGUUUACCGAGUUUUGGCACGGUUUGGUUAACAGCGGCCACCGGUUUCUUUGGGCAAUGCGUGAAGAUAUGGUGAAGGGAAAAGAAGAAAUGGAAGUGACUGAAGAGUUGGAAGAGGGGACUAAGGAGAGAGGUUGCAUGGUAGAGUGGGUACCUCAAGAGGAGGUGUUAGCACACCGAGCUGUUGGCUGUUUCUUGACUCACAGUGGAUGGAACUCAACAUUGGAGGGAAUGGUUGCCGGCGUGCCGAUGAUUUGUUUUCCGUAUUUUUCUGAUCAGAUGGUCAAUAGUAGGUUUGUUAGUGAGGUUUGGAGAAUUGGGUUGGACAUGAAGGAUACUUGUGAUAGGAAUACUGUGGAGAGAAUGGUGAGGGAGGCUAUGGAAGGAGAGAGCGCUCUUGAAUUGAGAAACUCUGCUGCAAGAAUGGCAGAUUUGGCGAGAAAGAGUGUGGAGAAAAAUGGGACUUCUUGUGCUAAUUUUGAGAGGUUGGUUUCUUACAUCAAGUCUACUGCACUGACUGGUAGUUCAUGAAAUAUUUGAGGCAUUAAUUGCUUGUUUGUGUUCAGUUGAUUGAAUCAUGUACUCAAAUAAUCAAUUUCAAACUCUCAAAAUUUUACAAUGAUGACUUCUGCAUUUCAUAACUUUGUAUUCUGCCUGUGUAUUUAUUUACAAGCACAAACAAUUGAUAAGGCUUGAAUUCCAUUGAGAAUUAUGAC